CAGCAAAUGAUGCAAGAAUUCUUACUGAAACAGUUUCCAACCCAUCUAACAACUUUCCCAUGCCACCGCGAGGUGCUCAAAAUUAUUGCACGGGGGAGAAUGCCAAUGGAGUGCAAGGAGGACAAGAACGAGAAGCAUAUAAUCAUAGUUCAAGCCAAACUCGAGCGAUGGAUGCACGACGAGAUGUAAUAGCAAACAAGUUGUGGGAUGACUUUCAAGCUGGACUUAUUUGAAUUUUUAUGUUGUACUAGU